UGAAGUGUCUUGCUAUUUCUCUAUACUAGGAGGUCAAGGAAAUUAUAUAUAGCCUUGUCAUGCCCUCCUCAUCGCUACUGACUUUAGGCAAUCAUUCAUUUAGAAUCUCGCGUUUAUCCGCUGUUGCUUUCAUUACUCUCACUCUCCUUCAAUACGCACAAAUUCACUCAUUACAUUUUAUCAUUACAAUUGUCAAUCGUUACUUUGUCAUCAACACAUCCAUUGUCAAAAUGUGGCCCAGACAUAUCACUAUCCAAAAGGCCUUUCUUCUAGCUUCUUUGCUCCUCGCAUCUGGGGUCUCAGCAGCUGCUAUCCCCGCGAGCCUUCCUGACCCGGCAUCAGUCUCUGUGGCACCAACCAACACGCAAGUUCCUACCGGUCAAGGGGAUGUCAGUCCAGCCUCACUCCCUUAUGAAGGCGUCCCAGACUGUCAGACUUGCCGUGAAGGCGAAGAUGAUGAACGGACUACCGACGAAUCCGCAGCGCAGAUGAAACGAGAGAGCGACACUAUCGCAGCAAGAACUGAGACUAAAGAGCUAACUCCCGAGGAGAAAAAGGCCGAGGAGGAAGAAGCCAAGAAGUUAAAGCAGGAGGCUUUCGAAAAGUGUCGUAGGUCCGCGGGCUGCGAGGCAUAUUAUAUCAUAGAGCAUGUAAUGUAGUAGCUCCGUUGGCAGAGCUGGGUACAAUUGGCGCAAGGCUAAGUUGGAGUGGUGAGAUAAGAUCAGGAUGAAC